CUUUUUGUUUUCCUCCUGCAUCUCCUCUUGGAGAGAGCUAAACCUUGCUGAGGAGCAGCUGUGGGAAUGGCAGCUGAGGCAGGGAUGCUGGAGCUGCCCUUCAUCUGGGAUGAGCAGCUCACCCGCUGCAUGCGGCUGAGAUUCCAGAGCCUCCAGCAGAAAAACACCAAACCCCAGGAUGGGGAGAAGCUGCUGCAGCCCAACGAGCACGUUUACCGAGUGGAUUUCAUCCAACAGCACAACCUCAGCUUCCUCCGCUGGAAUAUCCAACUGGAGAGAGCUGGGAAGGUGAUGGUGACUGGGACCUCCCAGCACUGGACUCCUGAUCUCACCCAUCUGAUGAAUCGGCAGCUGCUGGACCCAGUGGGUAUCUUCUGGAAGAAGCCAGGAGCCAAGGAGGUGGAAUGCAACGAGGCAGAUGCCCAGGAAUUUGGGGAGAGGAUAGCAGAAUUAGCCCAGAUCCGUAAGGUGAUGUAUUUCCUCUUCACUUUCACCGACGGCCUUGAACCAGCUCAGCUGAAGGGUUCCAUCAUUUUUAAAGCCUGAGCCCUUCUUGCUCAGCCCUCCUUGCUCCAGCUGUGCUUUUGUCUUUGUUUUUCUUUCUCUCGGUUCAGUUCUUGGUUGUUUUCACGUGGUUCUUCACUGAGGGGCUGUGAAAAAGUGGAUGGAGGACAGCUCAGUGCUCCUGUAGCCCUCACCCAGCAAAAUAUUCUCCAGAGAUGCUGCCCUCUGCCUGGAUGAUGGGGAGGAGGGAGGAUGUGAACUGAGCUUGCUGCUGUGUGUGCCUAGAGUUCCAAACUGCAUCUUUGUGCCCUCAGCAGGGAAUCACCAGGUCUGACUGACACAGGGUCUCACUGGCUUGGAAGUAUGAGGCUGCCCUGACCCCUCCAACGGUGGCACCCGG